UACAAGUAACUAAAAGAUAAAGAUAAGAACGCUCUUUACUCAACAAUUUGCUUAACCCUAUUUCCCCUAGAAUGUGCUACUUAUUAACUUGGAUCCCAUGCAUAACCCCUUAAUAUGGUAUUGGGCUGUUUUGGUAUAACAGGCCUCGGCCCAUUCAUAACAAGCAGCUUCUUCUUCUUUUUCCGAAGAUUCAAUUAGACCGUCCUGUUUCCCGCGCAUCCUUCGCAAUCGGCAAGUGCGAUAUGCUAAACAAUUCUCCUACAAUGGAGGAUCUCGACGGAGGAAUGGCAAGUGAUGUAGAGAGAGAAGAGGAAGAAGCUGUGACCGACUUACUCCGAGAUCGAUUCCGAUUAUGCACCAUCUCCAUUGCUGAAGAACAGCUAUCAAAAGACCUAGAAUUAUUUGCACAGCAUGCUGGUCGUAAGUCCGUAAACAUGGAAGACGUUAUUCUUUCCGCACAUCGGAAUGAUCACCUGGCUGCCUCAUUGAGGUCCUUCUGCAAUGACCUCAAAACAAAAGAGCCCAAUUUGGAGAGGAAGAGGAAGAAGAAUCCCAGAAGGGAAGGUAGAGUUGCUCCAGAUUUACCUCGUACUCCAGACACUUAGAUUGGAGGUAUGCUCAGUUUCACCAUGUAUCCAGUUAGCCUAAUAGCUUAGUGAGAGCAGCAACCACAACCUUUUGAAGUAAACAGGUUGACAGCAUUACUGAAAAGCUACCUCAAAGUAGCGCCUAAAGUGGAAGGACAAGAAAAACUCUAAUUAUAUGCUUUACUUCUACAUUUUGUUUCAGUUUUGUGUUAAAGUAUCUGGAGCUUCAAUAAACUAAUGAUUGUGCAAGUUUGGUGUUUGUAACAAGGAUAGUGAUAGAUUUGAAAAUAGAAUUAUAUAUGCAAAGGUUGAAAUGUUUGCCUGUAUUCCUAUUUCCUUUGCUUCAGUGCCUCUAAGGUCCAAGUACUUUUGUUAGUUGAUGAAAUGACUUAUUGAGAUCUUAAAUUCUACUUUACCAAGGGAAGAGAGUGUGUCUCGUAUAUUGAGACACUUGAAACUGUCCUUUCCAACUUAAUGUAUUUUUUUCGCCUAAAUAGAUUGACCAGCACUAAACUAACAUAAAACUAAUUGUAUGUUGUGAUUUGGAAAAAGCAAAUGUGUAUUGAUUGGAGAAGUUCAAUGGUCAGGCACUGGUGUAGAAGGAGUUUCCGAGCUUUUGAAAUAAUAGUUGUGGCACUCUCUUUCUUUCAUAGUGAAGGAAGCUUUGGCUUUUGGUUUGGACCUGUACUUGUCCGAGAAAGUGAGAGCAUAAACGGGGUAAAAGUAGCCAUCUGGCACAUUAGGGAGGAAAUCUCAUCUGAGGAAGGUGUUUGAUAGGAUAGCUCUAUUUUAUUCAAAGGGAAAAACAACCUCAAUAAUCUUAAGGGGGAGGCUAUUUAGGUCUCUGCUGUUGACAACCUAUCUAUUAUCUGCAUAUUUAGUUUUCAUUUUCUUGAAGCUCUUUCUAGAGAUUUUUGGUGAAUGGGUCACAUAAUGGAAGUAGUAGGUGGCAGUGAGAACCUUCUCGUUCUCAAUUUUAUGGAGUAGUAGAUUGAAUAACGUUAAUAGGAAGCAGAAAACAAUAUGAUAAUAAUAGAAUUGAAACGUGGACUCUGCUUUACUGGGAACCUGUUCGUUUGAUUACUUCUUUUUCUUCUUCUACCAAAGACAGGUAUAAGUAUAUUUCAAACCUAUCACACUAGCUUGAUAGUUGAAAGCCUGACUAUAUUUAUAAUUAUGAAAGUAAUGCAAGUAUGGAACAAAGUUUAAUUAGAUAAUAUAAGCAGAGAAUAAUUCUAUACUUAGAGUUCAUGAGACUCCUCAUAAAGAGAGAAUGUGGAUACACUAAAGAUUGACUUUGGAUUUACAUCAAAGGUCUUGAUGUAGUCACCACAAGAGACCUUCUGGAAAAUUUCCUCAACCCCCUGCAACAAUGAUGGGAAAAGCCCUAAGAUAUGUCAAUGAUUUAGCAAACCCUUUAUGUGAAAGGAAAGUUUUCUCCAGCACCUUAAUCAUUACUCCCUCUGUUCCAAUUUAUAUGAGUGAGUUUGACUUGACAUGGAGUUUAAGAAAUAAAAAAAGACUUGAAACUUGUGGUCUAAAUAAGUCAUAGAUAUUUGUGAGGCUAGAAAAUAGGCAUUUUAAAGUGAAUUUGUUACUAAAUAUAGAAAUGUGUCAUUCUUUUUUGGACCAAUUAAAAAAGAAAGUAAGUCAUUUAAAGUGGGACAGAGGGAGUACUAUAUAUUUGUGCCACGUGUUUUCUUAGUAGAGAUGAAGAAAAAAUAUUAAUCUAGAAAUAUAGAAUUCUCUUAGCUGACUGUGACAAUUGCAGUUCGUGGAGUCAGUUGUCUAUUUUACACUCAAUAUGGCAUGCUUUCGAAGCGUUUGAUAUAAGUUGCAGUGUCAUACUUAUAUGAUCUGAAACUUUGCUGUUUGUGAUUGUAUCGUUGUCUGGAUGGGGCUUGCUUUUCUAAGGUGGAUACAAGUUGUUCACUGGAGGCAAGAAGA